AUGGUUGAACAGGUUCUCUUAUAUAGAGAGUUGAAAGAACCGGUUCGGAUUCCGGGUUGUGUUCCUAUUGAACCGAAGGAGCUUCUCGACCCGGUUCAGGAUAGGAAGAAUGAUGCUUACAAAUGGCUGCUUCAUCAUACUAAGAGGUAUAAAAUGGCGGAGGGAAUAGUGGUGAAUAGUUUUAAGGACUUGGAACCAGGUGCCAUUAAAGCUUUGCAUGAGGAAGAACCAGAUAAGCCACCGGUUUAUGCAGUUGGACCGCUUAUACAUAUGGAUGUAAGCAGUAACCCUGAGGAGUUAGAAUGUUUGAAAUGGCUAGAUGAGCAGCCAUGUAACUCUGUUUUGUACAUCUCCUUUGGAAGUGGUGGGACUCUCUCACAUGAGCAGCUAAUUGAACUUGCAAUGGGAUUAGAAAUGAGUGAUCAAAGAUUUUUAUGGGUUAUUAGAUGCCCAAAUGAUAGAAUUGCUAAUGCCACUUACUUCAAUGUCCAAACUUCAAGUAACCCUUUUGAUUUUUUACCACAAGGGUUCUUGGAAAGGACCAAAGGACAAGGAUUGAUAAUACCUAAUUGGGCCGCACAAGCCCAAAUCCUUAGCCAUGGCUCGAUAGGCGGGUUCUUGACUCACUGUGGAUGGAACUCGAUAUUAGAGAGUGUGGUCCAUGGCAUUCCACUUAUUGCUUGGCUGUUAUAUGCAGAACAAAGAAUGAAUGCAAUAAUACUAAACGAGGAUCUAAAAGUGGCAUUGAGGCCGAAAACAAGUGAGAAUGGCGUCGUGGGAAGAGAGAAAAUUGCUGAAGUGGUAAGAGGAUUGAUGGAAGGUGAAGAAGGAAAAGGAGUACGCAGCAAAAUGAGAGAUUUAAAAGAUGAAGCUGCCAAAGUACUUGGUGAAAAUGGUUCCUCUACAAAAGCACUAGGUGAAUUGGCUUCCAAAAUGAGAAAUGUGUUACAAAAUUAAUUACUGUAGGUCAUUACUAGCACA